AGUGAAGGAGGGUGUAGGGGUAGUGAUUAAAAUCAGACGCCAAUAAGUACAGUAGUGAUAGCAGAAUGCAAUCUUCCAACAGACAGGAUGGAAGUGUGUGUCUGUCUGCCUUGUGUCCAGUCAGCAUCUUGCAUAAAUCAAUUGCCUGUCUGUAAAAUGCUGAUGCUAAUAACAGGAAAGAGUGCAUUAAUAUCUUAUAUAAGCUUUUAAACUCUGUGUGUGUUUUAAACAAGGUGAACUGCAUCCAUCUAUCUAUCUAUCUAUCUAUCUAUCUAUCUAUCUAUCUAUCUAUCUAUCUAUCUAUCUAUCUAUCUAUCUAUCUACAUGCACACACAGUUUAUAGAAGUGUAGAUUUUUUCUCAGACUCCUGUCUGAUAGUGAAACCCAGCUGUAUGAUUAUGGGCAGGAGAGAGAACCCUAAUAGCAGAGGUGCUGUAUAUAAACUGUGCUCAGUGGAUUAUAGGAUAGAAGAAAAAGAAAGAAAAGCCGAUGAAAUGACAUUUUGGUUUGCACACCUGUAUUCCUUUACACAUUUGUGAAUCUCUGCCCUACAUUCCAUUGCUCCUGUUAGAUCAUAAAAUCUGUCUGUCUGUUGUUUCCCCUUUAAACUCUGUAUUAUUUGAAUUAUUAAUAGCACUGUAUAAUUCUGUGUAAUUAUUAGUUAUUUGUAUAAAAGCAUGUAUUAUUUCCAUCUGUGAAUGAUUGAUGACAGCGAGGUUUGAUCUUCACUCACUUCCGCUCUGCAGCUGAGACAGUCAGAGUGUAGUGGGCAGAGUCUGUUGUAAAGCUCAAACCAAUAAAAACCCACGAUGGCGCUCCUGAUUCCUCCAUCCGCCCUCCUGUUCCUGCAGUGAGGAGCGCGCGGACUCUCCGCUCUCGCGCUCCGUCACGCGGCGUCCGGUCUGCGUCGUGACGUCAUCCUCCUCAGGUUUUGGAUUUCGGGGGAAAAUUGAGCGGCGCGAGCUCCCUAUUCUAGCGGAGGCUGCAGCUUCUACUGUACCGUCUUCGUCGUUAUCAUCAUCACCAGCGGAACAGGCGCGCAGUGCGACUGUAAAUCAUCGCUUGCUGACUCACGGGAUACUGCAGUAGAUCUCUCUCUUUUCAUGCCUGUCUCUCUAUAUCCAUCCUUCACUCUCUACAUCUGUCUCUUUCUUUCCAUCUAUCACUCUCUACAUCUCUCUGUCACACACACUAUCGCUUUUCAUGUGAUGUGAUGAAGUAAUGUGGUGAUGAUGUAAUGAUGCCCACUGUCCAAAUGUGGAUCCCGAUGUUCAUGUUGUUCACCAUCACUCGAGGUCUCUGAAAUGCCUGUCCUGUGGACAGAGGAGCAAUUAUGAACACGGACGCCUCUCCGCCUGUAGCUACCUCCAAACUCACACCUCACUUUAUUUGAGGAAUAGAACUAAUAAACGCUUCAUCCAUCCUGCACAUCACACUUUCGUCAGAAAGGACUGCACCCCCUCUCUCUGUCUGUCUCUAUUUCUCAGGACUGAAGAAUGGCCAGUGAACCCGUCAUCCUCAACGUCUACGACAUGUACUGGAUUAAUGAAUACACAUCCACUCUGGGGAUCGGAGUCUUCCACUCAGGAAUACAGCUGUACGGCAGAGAAUUUGCAUAUGGAGGUCAUCCGUAUCCUUUCAGUGGGGUGUUUGAGAUAAACCCGGGAAAUUCCAGUGAGCUCGGAGAGACAUUUAAAUUCAAAGAGGCAAUUGCUUUGGGUACAACAGACUUCACAGAGGAAGAUGUGGAUAAGAUCAUGGAGGAGUUGGGCAAAGAGUUUAAAGGAAACGCAUAUCACCUGAUGCACAAAAACUGCAACCACUUCUCUUCUGCUCUGUCUGAGUUGCUGUGUGGGUGUGAGAUCCCGCGCUGGGUGAACCGCUUGGCAUAUUUCAGCUCGUGUGUGCCGUUCCUGCAGAGCUGUUUACCCAGAGAGUGGCUCACACCUGCCGCCCUGCAGAAUCACAUCAGCCUUCACAGAGACGACACACACUCUCAUGGGCACACACACUCAUACACACACUCGUACACACACUCUCACACACACGAUUCCGGCUCCAGUGACGAGGAGCCAUCAGGGGCCGUGGGAGGAAGAUCACACAGCUGCAGACACACUCGAGUGUAACACACACAAACCAAUGUCUGGUUCAACUUUUUCAUCAUAAAACAUUUUCUGUUGUUAUUUGUGUUUUUGCAACCAAUCAGCAGCAGGUGAGUCAGUGAAGCUUUAGACUGACCAAUCACAGGCCUCGGGUUUGUCCCUCCCCUUCUGUAGUACUGUAAACUCGGGACUCUACCCAGACUUUUACACUUUUAAUGAUAAAAUAUUUUUUUUCAAGUUGAACUUACAUACAAAACUGUUUGAUUUGAAAAUCUGAUUUAUUAGAAAUUAGUUUUUAUAGUUUGUAAAUAUUUCAAAGGUUGAAUUAUGAGUAUUAAUAUCAGCCAUUUACAGAGAGAUUCAAAUAUACAGAAAAUGAUCUAAUAUUUCUGCCUUUGUUGUGAAUGAGUUGAGAUUAUUCAGUUGUCAUUUUGACAUGAUGUGUGAUUGCCUUGUUAUAUUUUAUUACAAUUUAUUCUUUCAUUUCUAUACAUACAGUAUUCUUUUCUAUAUAAUUUCACACAUCACUGCUGAGGAUUCAAUUCGGUAUGUUUUAAAGUGUGUGUGGGUGAGGGUAAGCUUAGCAUGGCAGUGGCAGUGUGUGAUGUGAGUGUGUGAUGUAACAACUUGUAAAAACGAUCUACAAUUCACAUUUCUGUUCUUUCUUAGGCACGUCGACAUUUUAAAAUCUUUAUUCUUGAAAUCUGAAAGUCAUUUUUAAACCUUUAUCAUGACACACAUGAUUUAACCAAGACAUGCUAAAGAGGACGGGCCAUAAUUUCAUCCAGUCACAAACUUGGUCAUGUGACAUCCACUAACAAAAACACUGGAUUUAUGCUGUAACUCGGACACAGGAACUCAGAAUAUUGUCAUUUCGACUUUAGCUACUAAGAAGGAAAAACCAUGGAAGCCUCCGUGACAGCAUGUGUUUUGUCAGAUAGGCAGCUAACAUCACUGAUCAUGGAUAGAGGGUUUCGAUACUCUGUGGAUAUAGCGCUGUGUACAUUACUUAUUCUUGGAUUUUUUUUUCUUCUUGUAAGUAAUUCUGGUAUGGGUUUCAGUUGAAUUCAGUAUAAUCAACACUAAAAACUACUACUCUAGUAUAAAUGAAAUGUACAGAGCACUAUUUACAACUGUGCCUGGUGCUUUGUUCAUUUGAAAUGUUUCUUUAAAGAUUGGUAUCUCCAAUAAUUCAGCAUUAAUAGCAAUAAAAUAACAUGAAAGUGCACAUUUUCCAUUUAAUUUUGUAUUUUCUUUUUUUUUCCUCUCUACAGCCACUGUGACAUAACAGAAUUCCAUGUUGGAAAAGUCUUUCCGAGUAAGAAUGACAGUGCAGAGAGACUAAACUAAAAUUAAAAAUGUUGUUGAUAGGUAAACUGUAGUACUGAUUGAAACGUAAGCCUUGUCUCCUUUUUAACUUGGGAUGCCAUACAGUUGUAUGGAAAAGCAGCCAUUGUGUGUGUGUGUGUGUGUGUGUGUGUGUGUGUGUGUGUGUGUGUGUGUGUGUGUGUGUGUGUGUAUGAUGAUAACACUCUGCCCUCAAGCUUUAGAUCCAUGUGACCUUUAACGUUUCAGAAUAGGUGAUUAUUUUGUAUGCGCUGUGCUGUUUAUCAGAGCUCGUCUGUUUCACUGUUUCACACUGAAUCAGAUGUCUGCUCAGUGAUGCCCCGUCAAUCAAUCAAACUCUUUAUCCUCUUUUUUGAUGUCAUACGGUUUGCCAUGGAAACACAAAUCUUAAUUGGUUUUGAACGUCAUAUAAUAAUAUGAUUUGACAUGUUCAGUAUUUGCUUUUGGUUUCCUUCACCUCCAUGGACACUUUUUUAGAGGUUUUUCUACGUUUGUCAGAUUUACACCUGGACUGGAAUUACAUUUUAUGAGCUGAAAUGUUAUAUAACAGAUUACAAAGCUAAAUAAAGAAUUUAGAAGUUCAA